CUCUCCCUCACUCACUUGCUCAGUCAGUGUAGUGUGGCCGCCGCGUGCGUGUGUGUGUGCGUGGUGGUCUCUCAGUGUGUGUGUGCGUGUGUGUGCGCGCUGUGGCUGGGUGGACGCUCUGGCCUAGGUGGAGCUGAAUAUUCCACCUCCACCUCCACCACUACUACACUCCUCACCACAGCAGAGUGACAUGAGGUAAAGGAGUACAGAGAAACACUGCACAUCAACAGCAAACAAAACAGUAACGAAACAAGUGCACGAUAAAGAAAACAACGUAAAAGGGGAAAAAGACUCGAGAAAUCUGAGGAAACCCAAGAGAAAACUGAAACAUUGAGAAAUAAAAGGAAAUUUCACUUAAAAGAAGAAAAUAGGAGACAAGUUCAGCGCUGUGUGGGAAAAGACUCCAUUUGUACAGGAACUUCAGAUACAAAGAAUAGAGACAAAAUAGAUAUAUAAAAGAGAAACUGUAAAAAAUAAAAACGAAAGUGAAGAAUUUUGGAAAAAGAUAAAGAAGAAAAAAAAAUCUGAGAAAAGAAAGAAAAGAGUAUUGAGAAAAAAAGUGAAAUCAGUGAAAUCAGUGGUCACCGGAAGUUUGUAAAGGAGAAAGAACAUACAAACAAACAAAGGAGAAGUUCUGCAGACAUUUCCGUGUUGAGAGGAAGUGAUACUACCAUAAGAACUACUACUACUACUACCACCAUCACUGCCAUUAUGAAGAGAAGGCGGGGAACGUGAUAUAGACAGACACACGUGAUAAAAAGAACCCUAGAGACUAGAGGACGCCAACCCAUAACUGGUGCAUGCCCUUACACCCUCACGUCCACACUGCAGCAGUUCUCCCAUGGGCAGGGCAGGCGUCACGAUGUUCACACGAAGUUUGGCCAUCAAUCAACGCUGCAGUUGACCUCGCCCUCCCCACGGCCUCAUAGUGCCCACAGAGUGAAGGGCAAGGUGGGCAGCACUGUGGGCGGGGCAGGCGUGGGUGAGUUGCCUCUGCCGCAGUAUGGAAUCAGGGCGGGUGUCGUAUAGUGACGCCCGGAACAUCCCGCACAUGCAGCUCUUCCACCACCUCAAGCAGAAGUUCCCGGACCUCAGGGACAAUGACGUCAAUGAGAGCAUACAGAAGUAUGGCCUUGACCGCGAGCGUUGCGAGGAGGAACUGUCACAGCGGACACAGGUUCACCCUGGGGGCUACUACGGGCCGUGGGGGCGCUCCUCUCCUGCCACCUCCAGGCUCACCUCCCCUGUGCGUGCCUCUACCCCCUCCACCCCCACCACCCCACUGCUUGCUUCCUCCUCCCCUGGCGUGGUGGGACCCCUGCAGCCUGGCGGGGAGUACCUGGUGUACAGCCCCGGUACAGGUGGGGGCACCACCCCAUUCUUCACAUCGACCCUGGCCACCAGCUCGACGGCGCUGCUCCCUUCCCCGGCAGGCAGCCCACUGAGCUACGGCUGGCAACCCAGUGUGGCCAAUGGUUUCCGUCCCACCUCAAGACAACCCCAGGACGGUCCCGCCAGGCUGGGGGACAUCCCACAAGGUUCCCGGGACCGGUCCAAGUCACGCUCCGGCACACCUGUCACGCCCAGCUCAGCUCCAGUGGUACCAAACUCCCACGACCCCUUCGCCUGUGAGCUGCCAGAGCGGCGGCGCAGUGCGGAGACCUGCUCUGUGGUGCAGCUGGAGGGGCUGUGCCUCUCCCCUCUCCCCCAACGCCACGCCAUGGAUCCGCCUGCUGGUUUGGCGGCCACGGCUACGGCCACCACCACCAUUAUCACAACCACCACUACCAUUGCCCCCCUCACCACCACCACUGCUACCACCACCACCACCUCCACAACCAUCAACUGUACAAACCUCAGCCCAGUCGACGGUGGCAGCAGCAACAGCAACAGCAGCACCAGCAGCAGCAGCAGUGGCAGUAGCGGCGGCGGCGGCAGUAGGAGCAGCGGCCGCCCUCCUCCAGCACUCCUGCAGGACCAGCUGAUGCGGAAGGAGCGGCUGGCAGUGGAGCUGAGCCACCAGGUGGAUGAGAAGGGGCGGUUGGAGGCAGAGGUGGAGGCCAUGGUGCGGGAGCUGCAGGCGCGGGAACAGCAGCGCAAACACAACACUGACACAAACGCAAUGAGGAUAGAGGAAGUUCAGCAGGAGAACCAGAGGCUACAGUCUGAGUGUUAUGAGAUGGAGAACAGAAUACUGCGUCUCAUGCCAGACUUUGAACUUGACAUCUACUCUAACCUGACAACACCACAGACGCCCUAUAAUGAGGGUGCACCAGUCCAGCCUCCACCACAGCUCACCAGAGGAAGCUCCGGGUCCAGCUUGGGGAGUGAAAUGGGCACCCCCAAUACUCCCAACACUCCCCACACACCUGUCUACCCCACCCGCCCAGCGCCCCCUCCCCCUGCACCCCCUCCCCCAUCCCUCCCCAACCACAGCUACAGCCAAUACCAGGGGCGAGGCGGGGAGCGGGUGGAGGAGGCGAGUCACAAGUGGGGCUGCACCAAGUGCACCUUCAUCAACCACCCUGACAUGAGCAUGUGCGAGAUGUGCGACUUUCCCCGCUUCACCAUAGGUACGACUCCCUCCCGACAGACAGCCUCUACUUCCCCCCACCACCAGGGCCCCUGCUACUGCCACCAUCGUCACCACCACCUCCAACAUACCGCAGGAUCGCAAGAAUACCGCGGCUGGGCGAUGGUGUAACCUCUUCCCUUCUCUCCCUUCUCUCUGCCCCAACAAGUGAGAGACCUUCCCUAAGCCUUACAGCUGCAGUAGAAGGCAAGACUUGCCUCUUGCUCCUGCUGCUGCUGCUGCUGCUGCUGCUGCUGCUACUACUGCUACUACUACUACUUCUUCUUCAGUGCCGAGCCACCAUGGUUACACGAUGCAACGCAGCUUGUUUCCUGAUGUGUAGCUGUCCAAGAAUCUUCCACAUGUGUCCUGCACCAGCUCUCCCUACUCUCCAGAAGAGCAGUGCUGCGCCAAGAGGCCUGAUGGAGACAGACAGACAAACAGGCAGGCCAUGUGUGGUGUUCUGUCCUUCAAAGCUGAGCACUUACUCCUUGAUGUGAAAUCAUGGCUCUCAUCAGCACCACGCAGUAUAUUUUGCUCAACUUAGUCUAAAACCAAGGCAUUAGGUAGUAUGUUCUGUUGAUAUUUUAUUGACUUUCAUUGUUGAGUUAUCAUCAUUAUUAUUAUUAUUAUUUUAUUUAUUAUUGAUGUUAUUAUAAUUACCAAUUAUCAUUGCCAUUAUCACUAGAAAAAAAGUCUUGAACUAGGCCGAUAAUAGGAGUGUUGUUUUCAUCACAACUGCAUUGGGUGAGAGAAGCUUUGCUCCCGUGUAGUGCAACCUGAGUAGCACCAUUGCAAUGUGCUUCCAUUACUUCUAUGGUGCUCACUGUUCAAAGACACAUGCCUUCAUUUUGCAUUCGGACUGUCCUGAGUUGUCUUGUCAGGAAGGGACUGUGGAAGGAAGGAUUAGGGAUGUAGCAGCCACCACAGCAACUCCCACCACUAAGUAGCAGCUGAACAUGGUAGGCUGAGGUGAGAGAGAGAGAGAGAGAGAGAGAGAGAGAGAGAGAGAGAGAUAACUGAAUCUGUGUAUCUUAGCAUCUAGACUCACCAAGUCACCAUGCUCAUGGCCAAACCUCAGGGUUUUGUGCACUUCUCAUCAACUCAGAUUGGUACAAAUUGUAGCUGUCAAAUUGUACAUUUAUGAAGUUUAAUUUUGUAGAAACAUUUAAAAGUACAAAAGUAUUUGUACUCAUCUGUGCUAUUUUAACCAGCUUGACGUUUCAUGGUGCAUUGCAAACAUGUAAUGUUUAAAAGUAUCCAACAAAAAAAUAGAGAGUACAUUGCACAUUAAUGAUGAAUUAUUGCUUAACAUUUUAUGCAAAUUUUCUAGAGCAUGUCCAAUGGAAAUGUUGGUUAGGAUGAUGUCAGGGGAUCUUUUCAAAGGUUAGGCAUUGUAUAGCAUGUCUUGAAAGUGUGGGAGUCACUCCCACCCUUUGAUGCUUCAUGUUUCCAUGUGUAGGAAGGUGUGCAUGCCAUGAGGACUGUGUAUGGAGCAGUGUAGAUGGAAAUGGUGAGAGUCAGAAUGAAGGGAGAUUACCACCCUUCUUGUCACAACACAACUCCAGAGUCCCAUCACUGGUCACUCACAGGACAGUCAGGCAUUACAAAGAAGCAUACACAACACUGGCUCCACAUACCCUGUGUUUGCAGCUGACCUGACCUGCCUGGCCUGCCAGCCACUCCCAUUCACUGUUUGCUUUUUAGUUAUUUAUUAUUUUAUGGAAGACCUAGACUGAAGCACUGUACUCACUAAGAAAUGAGCUUACAGAAUUUGAUCAAGAAUUAGAUUAUACACAUUUCAAGAUCCAUAUGUUAUAUGUAUGCAUAUUGCUGCAUACUUUUAAGUAUCUGCCAUUUUUAUUGAAUGGCUAGUAUUGUUAAUGAUGUUACCUAUGAUGUUUAUUUACUUGUUUAUUUAUAAAUUUGUGGAUUUAUUAUUACUAUUAUUUUUAUUAUUAUUAUUAUUAUUAUUAUUAUUAUUGUUGUUAUUAUUAUUGUUAGUGAUAUUUCAUUAUUAUGUUAUCAUUACUAUCAUCAUUAUCCAUACUACUAUUAUUUAUUUAUUUAUUUGCUCUGCUCUUUUUUUCUGGAUGCCAUCUAGCACAUGCAGGAAAAGCAAAUUGUGUUAAAAAAAAACAUAUAUGUAUAUAUUUUGUCAGUCAUUCACCAACUGAUAGUGACUAAAACAGACAUAUUCUUGUCAAAUGCAGCUAUUUUGGGAUUGUAGUACUUCUUUGAGUACUUUUGAUCGUUGCCUUGUGGUGUCUGUCAUUGGACAGAGUCCUGUCAUGAUGUGUGACUCCGUGGACUCACAUUGUCAGUUCGUUUGUCGCCGUGCCGUACUAUGUUUGGCCAUGGUUGUGAUAGUUAGUGUUUUCAAGUUUUCUCUGUGCUAGGACAAAGGACUUAUAUACAGUGACAGUUUUCCACAGAUACAGAGUGCAGCAAUAUCUUAUUCUGAUUAACCUGAGGCCUGCAUGAAAACUUCAGUGAGCCCUGACUGCCCAUCUGCCAAUUCAAUAACUUAAAGCAGAUAGAGAGGCAAUGAUAUGCAUUCUUUAAGCCAUUAGUUAACAUCAUGCAAGCCUCCAAGUGCAGCCUAUCUUUGGCAGUACAGGUGUGUCAGAAUGAGGUGUUGGUGUACAACCUGAGAUCCCUUAAGCACUGCACACUGCCUCUCAGCUAACUGUCCCAAUGCUGCCUCAGCAAUGCCUCAUCCCACUUAUCCUAAAACUGAUCAUCAUUCCAUGGGCCAGAGUUAACCUAACUUACACAUGGCACCUUUCCUCUUGACACACACACACACACACACACACACACACACACACACACACACACACACACACACACACACACACACACACACACACACACACACACACACACACACACACACACAUGUACAUAAAGUGUAUAUGUAUUACAAUGCCUUUUAUUAUGUAAUACCAAUAACAUUGUCUUUCUUAUUUCCAUAUCAAGCACUGUAAACCUCUGGCACCACAGCACAGUUUUAUUAAGUUAGCACAUUGCUGGUGUGUGAGAGGCUUCAUGUCACCUCUUGUGUUAAGCCAAAGCUGGCCCACCAAAGAUGUACAUCCUUGACUUGCCACGGCACCAUGGGAAGGAAGCAUACUCUUCCAUGAUGACAUGUCUUCAUUAUAGAAAAAAAAUAAAGGCUUCUCAUUCCCUUGCCUCACACAUGCCAGGAGGAGAUGGAGACUGUUGGCAUGUAAGACCAACGAAACCAAACCAAGAGAGGUCAUGAUAUCGAGACAUGACCAUAACUUAUCCUUUUUCCUGGCGGCCGCCCUGAUAGGUAAGGCAGCCAGCAAGGACCACCAUGUUGGCAUCAUACAUACAUGGUUACUAUCUUAUUAAUUAUUGCCUGAAUUUUUAAUCUCCAACACCAGAUACUACUACAAGAACUUUACCAAUGUGAACUAGCAUAGUUCAACCAAACUUUAGGCAAUUUUGUAAAAUUACGACAGACAUGUCGUUGUAUUAAAUAUUAUAAUACUGAA